AUGGCUCCUGGCGUGAAAGAGGACAACAAAAUGCACAAAAGAGGAUCGGAAUAUCUCAAACUGAGUUUUAUUUUGCUCUUGCUAAACGUCAGCAGUCUCGUUGUCCCAGUCGCAGGAUAUUAUCUGAAGUUGUGCCAUAUGAGUGACAAUGACGCCAUAUGUACCAAGAGCAAACUCAAGGAGGUUCCCCAACACAUUCCCUCGAGGGUUAAACGUUUUUACUUGUUUGGGAACAAACUUUCAAUAUUACAAGCUUCGGAUUUUAAAAACCUUUCCGUUUUGACGCUGCUGGACCUGAAACAUAACUUAAUUUCGAAGAUAGACCCGGCAGCCUUCGGCGAUCUGAUUUCCCUCGAGACAUUAAAUCUAAAUCAUAACAAGCUCGUCGGGCUCGGAGAUGAUUUCUUUCAGGGUUUGCUCAACCUCACGGAGCUCAGAAUCAAUAACAACCACAUCAGGUCGCUGGCAUCCACCUGUUUCAAGUCCUUGACGAGCUUGACGUUUUUGGACAUCUCCAAAAACAGACUGCACCACUUGACCAACGUUCACACCGUAUUGCAGCAGCUGCCAAAUCUGCGGCAGCUGUGGGUGCAAAGUAACAACAUAACCGCUUUCAAUUCGUGGGAAUUGACAAACAGCUCGCUGGAUCUCGCUUACCUCGAUUUGUCCGGAAAUCCCAUCGACGUCUUCAGGGUCACCGCGGAUGUAUUUCCGAACCUCACCUGGUUAAACAUCGGCCUCCGUUCGCCGAAGAAACCGAUGAAAUGGGACAUCUGGAACGAGACUUUUCUCAGUCGAGUGAUCACGCUCGAUGUCAGCGGGCAGAAAAUCUGCAACGAAGCCAUGAAAACGUUACAGGAGAACUUCAACCCCUCGCUGAAGAUUCUGAGGAUGGACGGGAUGAAGAAUACUCAACUCACAGCGCUAAUCAACGCUUCCUGCUCCAUCCCAUCGGUGUCCACACUCCAACUGAAACGCAACAGCCUACUUUACCUCAACGCGCAAUUCUUCCACUUGUGUAUUAACGUAACAGAGAUAGAUUUAGACGGUAAUAAUAUACGAAAUAUCAGCGAUGAGGCCUUCAGAUCUCCGCAAGGUUUAAAGACCUUGAGUCUGCGUGAAAACAAACUUCAAUCUGUUCCAGCCGCCACGAGUAAUCUACCAACUCUCAGAGAGCUGGAUCUCAGCCACAAUUACAUCAUAACACUCGAAUGUGACGAUUUCACCAAUCUGACCGAGCUCAGACAUCUCAGCCUUAAUCAGAAUUUUAUCUCAGCUCUAAAAGGGUGCGUUUUCAAGGAUUUGAUACGGUUGGAAGUUUUAAAGCUACAGAACAACAUCAUCUCUGAAUUAGGCGCCGCUUUCCAGAAAUACCUGCCAAAUCUAAAACAACUGCGUUUGAAUAUAAAUAAACUCACCGUUAUUAAUACCGGGGAAUUUGCGGGCUUGCAGUCACUCCAGAACUUGUCAUUAAACAAUAAUAAAAUUAAAACAUUGAAAAAGGGGUCUUUUUUUGGAUUAGGGAACCUUACCAAUUUUCUGCUGAGCGUGAAUGAAAUAGAUAAUGAGGGACUACCCAAGAGAGUAUUCAACGAUCUGAUCAAUUUAAGAGCAUUGGAUUUGAGGGAGAAUAACAUCAAAUACUUGGAGGAAACAGCUUUGACUGAUCCACCAUUUUCUAAACUGUCCCAUUUGGAGACGUUGGUGAUUAAUAAAAAUAGCCGUCGGGGGAAGUCCUUCCUGCCUUCCAACUUCCUUCAAGGUUUGACUAAUCUUUUGGCUUUCAGUGUCAGGAACAGUCAACUUCUAUCCUUGCACAAAGACACGUUUACUUACACGCCACAAUUGCAAAGACUUGACAUAAGCGCAAAUGACCUCAAGAAUCUCUCUCCGGAGUUGUUUUACCCUAUCCGAGGCCUUCAAUCCCUCUACAUAUCGUCAAUAAGCCUCCAGUCUUUAGAUUUCUUUAUAAAAGCCAACCUUACCAAGCUGAAAUUUCUGCAGGCAAGAAAGAAUCAGAUUUUUGUCUUCAGUGAGGAAGUUAUAAAGUCCCUUCCGGCUCUCGUCUACCUCGAUCUUCAAACAAAUAGUUUCACCUGUGCCUGCGAUAACGCCUGGUUCCACCGUUGGGUAAUUAUCGGCAAACAAACACAAGUUUACGACGCCGACAACUUUGUGUGCAACUAUCCUCCAGACCUUAAAGAUAUGAAGCUGUUGGACUUCGACGUCCAGUCCUGCAAAGUGGACACAGAGUUCAUCUUCUUCAUCUCCUCCACAUGCAUCAUCCUCCUGGUUAUGUCGGUGUGCUUCACCUCCCAUUUCCUCGGGUGGCAGCUGGCCUACGCCUACUACCUCUUCCGGGCUUUGCUCUUCGACUUAAAGCUUAAAAACCAGCACGCUUCCAAUCGGUACGACGCCUUCGUCUCCUACAACAACCACGACGAGCCGUGGGUCAUGAGGCAGCUGUUGCCGAAACUGGAAGGGGAGCAAGGCUGGAAAUUGUGUCUGCACCAUCGAGACUUUGAGCCAGGCAAACCCAUCAUAGACAACAUCACGGAUGCUAUCUACGGAAGCAGGAAGACCAUCUGCGUGAUCAGCCGCCGAUACCUCAAGAGCGAGUGGUGCUCCAGUGAGCUCCAGGUGGCCAGCUUCCGUCUGUUCGCCGAGCAGAAGGACGUGCUGAUCCUGGUGUUUCUGGAGCACAUCCCCUUCGCUCAGCUGUCUCCUUACUACCGCAUGAGGAAGAUGCUGAAGAGGCGCACCUACCUGAGCUGGCCUCGAGCCGGGGAGCACCCCGAGAUGUUCUGGGAGAAGCUCCGCCAGGCUCUGACGACCAGAGAAGACCCCGAUGAUGACCGGCUCCUCCUCACCGUGGUGGACAGACGGUGAUGUGAAGAACAUACUUUACGGCCGGUGUCCUUCAUUGGAGGCUCUUAGGGAAUUUGUUGGCUUGUUUUUUUCCCACCGAAUUGCUGUAAAGUGUAUCUGGAGGAGGUUGCUGGAUACUUUUUGAUACCAUCUCGAUCUGUUGAUCUUACUGGUCUAACCGAAAUGGAAAAUGAAAGGUCCCAACUCGACCAGUUCCCAUUCAACCAAAUUGGAAGACCAAGUAAUGCGCUCCUCUAAUGGGGCAGUGAACUGAUAAUCACAGCCCUCUGAGGCAAAUUUGUAAUUUUGGGCUAUACGAAAUAAAUUGGAUUGAAUAAAUGAUAUUGUAAAUAUGAUAAAGAACAGAAUGAUCCCAUCUAAAAUACGUUAGACAAAUAAAACGUCCGUGUCUGGGUUCCUCUACCUCUCGAUCUUCAGUAUAUAGAAAUUAAGCAACUGGCUGGUAACCAGUAAAAGAUUAGCUUCCAAAAAAGCUUUACAUUGAUUAUGAAAAAAAACAUUUAAAAAAGUUGCCAAAGUUUGAAGUAACAUUUUGGUGGAAAUGUGGAGCAAAUUAAACCUAUAAUAGUGCUGAUUUUAUGCCUUGAAGGUAAUACAGAACAUAUAUGAUACAACUAGACUGUGUCCAAUAAGUUCAUUUUCACAACUUAACCACAAGUGGUUAAGACUAUAUUUUUGUCAUCUGGCAUUUACCGAUUAAUUUAAAACAUUAAUUUAAAACAACAAUCCAAUAAAUGUGUCAUACCAGAUAGAACAAUGCAAACAAUGGGCAUUUUUUUAUUAGGUUUUUGGAAUUGUUCUUAUUUUUAUUGCAACUUUACUAGAAUUAUGCAUUAUCAGCAUUGUGACACAUGUCGAAUAAUAAAUGAAUAAUUUUCCCUUUUCUGACUUUUAUUGACCAAUCACUGUAAAGUAAGAUGCCAUUUGCACUGUAAAG